CAAAGAAAGAUGCCGGAACAUAACAGGAGAAGGGAAGGAGCUUGGAGAGGCAGGCCUAUUACUUUUUAAUGGACUGUAGUAAUAGGCAGCUUGUUCAUGAAAGCAUUUUUGCAAAAUAAAAAAAAAUGUCCAGUAUUGCCUCCGGGUAUCUAUCCUGGUCUACUGAUGUGACUCAGAAGAAGACACUCCCACAAUUAUUGGGUACAAGACUCCAAAGACGGAGACAGAGAUGCCCUUCCGAACCCCAACUGAAAGAGACUGUGAUUCAGUUUCUGAGGCACCAUCAGAACCUUGGUGACCUACUGCUAGAGGUAAAUGGAUCAAUGAGUAAAUGUUUAGCUCGUUAUGGUAAUCCUGAGCAUCCAAUUGCCAAUUCUGCUGGUAAAGGUGCUUUUAUAGCCUCUGUUCUACAAGAGCAGGCUUUGCAGAUGGAUCUGCCUGUUGGACUUUUGGCUGCUAGGGCAUCCAUGGAGGAAGUUCAACAGAUUAUGCAACAGGGGACAAUGCCUAAACGAGCUGUUGUAUUGGAUUCUGGUCAACGUAGAAUGUUUGCCUGUUUACUGCAGAGUAUGCAAGAACUGUUGUCCUCCAACAUGCUUAGCCGACUGCAAUUCAUUGAAGAGAUUUGGAAGGCAAAGGAAUUACCCACUCUGGAAAUUGUUUGGCGUUUGCACAAGGAAGGCAUUGUGAGCCUUGAGGAACUGUUGGCAAGUAACCUGGAUGGCUCUGCGGUGGUUGGCUGGCUCUUCACUGAUCUGUGCCUCCUUUGUUUGGGAACUGAAGAGGAACACCAACAUGAAGAAGUACAGAGGCAGAUACUAUUAGAUAUUGUGACUGUCUUGGUAAGAAAUGGAUUUCAAAACCUGAAUCUUGUGGAAUCAAACCCUAAAGUGCAGCACUUAAUGCAGAUCUGUUUCACGGUGUUGGGCAAAAUGAUUCCAUGGUUACUGGACAAUGUUCGGAAUGAAGGGGAAAAGGAAGACUCAGCUGGACAGAAAACAACUCUAGUCUGGCUGGAUAUGUUUGAUGUGACAUUGUUUCAUGGUGCCAUCUCUCUGGAUUCACUAAAACAGUUCUUCUACCACACACUGACACAGGUUCUGACCUACAAUCCUGUGCUUGAAGCAUCUGACGCAAUUCGCAGGCAGGGAGAAUGGUGCUUUGCUAAAACUAAGCCACUUUUAGUAACCUUGUAUAGAAAGCUAUUUGUACUGUUUAGUGCAGAGGAGGUGAUCACACAUUUUCAACAAGUUUUGGAAUCCCAUGAGGUUAACUGGCAAUAUGUACUGUCCUCUGCUUCAACACUGUUGGUCUGCCAACCAGAGAGCCAAAACUAUCUGAAAGAGCUACUGACUAAGUUGCUGAUAAAUUCAUUUGAGAAUUAUGAAUUGGAGAGUAUAAUCACUGCGUUCCUGCUUGCACGUCAGGCUGCACUAGAGGGACCACCUGUUUUCAUCAGCUAUGCCGAAUGGUUCAAGAAUUCCUUUGGGUCUGCGAGUGGUUACCAUGCCAGUAGCAAGAAGUCGCUAAUUUUCCUACUGAAAUUUUUGACAGACCUGGUGCCAUUUGAAACUGCACAAUAUUUAAAGGUCCACAUAUUAUAUCCCCCUUAUGUGGCAUCAAAGUAUCGCGUUAUGCUUCUGGAAUAUAUCUCACUGGCUAAAACUCGACUUUCAGAUCUCCAGGUGUCAAUUGAAGAGUUGGGUCUGUAUGAGGACCUGUCAACAGCUAAUGCUCCUCCUCAGCCCCAGUGUCAAGCCAUGCAGGAUGUUGAGAGAGCUAUUCUGAUUUUUGAAAACAGUGGAAAGAUCCCAUCUAGCGUAAUGGAAGCAAGCAUUUUCCGAAGGCCGUAUUACUUGACAAGAUUUUUGCCUGCUCUGCUUACCCCUCGUCUGCUACCUCCUGUCCAGGACUCGCGAAUGUUCUUCAUUGAUUCUCUCAAAAAAGCAGAUAAAAUACCAGAGAAUCUGUACGCGAGCUACAUUCACUCAUGUGAAAGAGAGAAACAGCGCCUAUUUGAAGCAGACAUUUCCAUGUCAGAGGAAAUGCAGCAUCCAAUGGAACCGCUUAGAGUCCUGACGACUGCUCUUGAAGAGCUGAGCAAUGUUGUUACUGAGCCAAGCGAUACUGGUGUUGUUUCUGCUCAAAUAGCUGUAAUCUUUGGUCAACUGAAAACUAUGGUAGGCACUGAUGAUGAUUGCACUGCAAUGGAUAAACCAAUCCAGUUAGAAACUGCUGUACAUGAAUUGGCUCCUGUUGAAUUAGAGGUCAGAGAUCUUCUAUUAAAGAGCUUUUGUCAGACAUUUAUUACAGCAACAAAAUUCAGCCCACCCCAGAGACAAGGUGAAUGGGCCUCUCUGUUUGUGAAAAUGUUGUGUGGCCACAGAAAACUUUUAAAUGCAGUUCUUACACGAGUCCUGCAUUUGAUCACUCACCAGGGCUCUUCUCUUGCUGAUGUUCACAUCUUGGGAUUGGCUGCUUUCACAGUUCAUCUACACAUCUUGCAGCUCAUGCUAUUACCAGUGAAUUCCACUGGUCAUUUAGCGGAGUCAGCUGGUCAAGAAGGACUUCUCUUUGCUGAGUACCUAAACCAGUUUUUGAUCUGUAGGACUGGAGAACUUUUAACAUUCUAUAUGAGGUUUUGUACAGCAGCAGUUGCUUAUGCCAUCAGCUUGUCACCAUCUCCAUCAAUUGACAUAAUAAAACACUCUGUUCCUUCUGGAUUCAUACGAAAGUUGCAGUAUGUAGUUCCACGAUUGAUACCAGAAGCUCGGCAGGAUCAAGAGACAGUAAUGGAACCCAUGUGGCAUAACCUUGUUGAUCUUCAUUUGAAUUGGAGAACUGCAGUUCUUUCACAGUUUAAACACCAUACAUUCAAGGAGCUUAUGAAGAUGAAAGAAUUCCAGUUGACAUUCCAUGAGUGGUUGAUGUCUGAACUGGCAGUCCAACCAGACAAAGAUCUACUAUCUGACCUGGACAGACAAGAUUAUCAGCACUGGGCCUGUUACCAACUUUAUCUGCCAUGCCCCCUUUCUGAGGGAGGAUGUGGCGGGGAUUUAGAGACUGCAUGUAGGAUUAUCAUCAAUGCGUUAAUGGAUUUUCAUAAAAGAGCUAAUGUACAGUACUGCAAAGAGUCUGAAUGUUCAGAAGUUUCUUCGCUCAAUAGAUCGUGCUAUGAGAGUAUUACUUGUCGACUGCAGGAGAUGGUGUUUGAUUUGGAGAAAGUAUGGACAAAGGCAUUAAAUAAAAGUUCAUCACUUGGAAAUGGCCAUUUUCUUCUGGAUGUGUUUCAAGAAAGAGUGGCAAGUCUGGAAUUGUCAAAUCUAAGCAAAAAGUUAGAGUGCCAGAUUGAAUUACAAGUAUUCAUCAGAAUUCUAGUCGUACUUCCUCCCAGUUUGCUGUUCAAGACUCACAAGGACAGACUAAUGACAACUUUGGAAUGUGAGGCAUUCUUUCACUUCACAAAUACAGAAUUGCGGAAUGACUGCUCGAAAGAAUUUGUGAUUCCCUUUGGAGUCACCUUGCAUUUCUUCAGGGGUUUGCUUAAUACUUGUGUUGAGUCUGAAGAACCAGAUUGUGUUGUUGCUGACAUUCUGAACAUUGCUAGAACACGUUGUCCUCUGCUCUUAUUAUCUGCAGCGUUUUGGUGGCUGAGAUUGGAGCCGGUGCUGAUUACACAAUGGAAACGGCUUACUGAUGAUCCACUUCCCAGGGAAUUACAGAGGAUGGUAGACAACCAGUGCUGGGCCAACAGGUUACUUUCAGGGAAAACUGAAUGCUCACCACCUGAUGUUCCCUGGAUUGUUAGUGCCUUUCUGUAUUUCACCUUGAAAAGGAAAGUUGGACUGGCAAUACUUCGGACAAUAAUGAGAAAAAUCUGUGCUGAAAAUGAGCUGGUUUCAGUGCUGUGUUUCAGUUUGGUGGAUUUGAUCUCAUCCCUAUUGAAACCAAAGGAUUCUGCGACAUUAACUGUUGCAUUAAAAACAUGUGCUGAUGUGGUCUCGGUGUUGGAAGAGCAGAAAAAAUCCUGGCUUAAUAUAUUUUCAGUGGCGAAUAAGGAUUGUGGGUCACACCAGAUCCUGUACAGCAUCCUCUCUGACAUGGAGCUUAAGCUUCUUCCUGUUGCUUUCUACAGCCUUAUUCCUGGUUUGGAUCCAAUGCUGCUUUCUUCCAUCAUCAAACGUUCAGAUUUCCUCUCGGUCGCUGUCAUUCUGUACACUGCAAUGGUCAAGCUCUUCCUUGAUGGAGAAGAUACAUUCUUGGUCUCAAAUCAGUGUGAUUCACAAAGCUCCAAGCAGCCUGAUCCUUUGGGAUUAAUAACACGAGGGCGUCAGUUCCUUCUUCGUACAAUUCUAGAUUGUCCUGCACAAACAUGUUCACAAAACCAACUGCAGGCUGCUUGGAAGGACAUUGAUCCAGAGCUGAAAGCGGCAUUAGGUCAUCAUCUCAACAUCUGCAGUGGUGAUGUUCUAUAUCCUGAACCAGCAAUGCUGUAAACAAUAAAACUGACUCAAAUUUUGCAUGUUAGCAGUUUUAGAAGAUUGUUCUGAAGUUGCUGAAAAUGGGUAAUCACUGGCGAGCUACAUAUGUCAGCAUUCACACAAAAUCAAAAAGCCCAGUCUAAAACUAAAUCUGGGAUAAUUUCGAUGUUGUAUAUUGAAUGACUAGAAACUAAUUCAAAUUUACCUAUGUAAAUCUUUAAUAGAAAAAUGUCAAGCUGUAUGAUUUCUGAAUUUAAUAAGCUCACAACAGCACUGGAAAAUGUUCUUACACUUUGUUAAAUAGUAAGUUUUUGUCUCAAUUUGAAGUAGGCAGAUAAUCUGUUCAAAGUACUUUGCCUAACAACAUGAACCAAUCAUAAAAUGGUGUGUGACUGCUUUAUUAGUCACUGCCUCCCUACAACUCAAUGGUGCAUGUUGACAUUCCAGUCCCAUUAUUCUUGUAAAAUUAAAAGUCAGUCUUACAACUGAAGUCAUCUCGUUUAUUGCAUAAAUUGGAGAAGCAGGUUACCAGUUGUAACUGGCAGUGUAAUUUAAUGAGCAGAUCCUUACUCUAUCUCAAAGUUAGAGAAUAAUUAACUGAGGACAACCUUACCUUGUACAACUCAUUUUUUGAUCAAUGAACUAAUUUGGUUCCUGGUGAAGAUCUAAAAUUGCAACGUACUAUAAAUGGUAUAUAAAGAAACUUCAUGCAGCAAGGCAAAGUAAUCAACGUUUUAAUCAAAUAUAGAACUAUUUCUGAACUCAUCAGCUGGUUCAUACUGUUUAUACAAUAACUUUGGUUAUAUCAUAUCUUAGAAAAGUUUAUUACUGUAACAAUAUCAAUCACUUGUACAUAUUUCUGGUCUUUAGUUUGUCAAUUCAGUAAUUGACUGACUUAAAAAAUACUGAUCUGUGAUGCUAAGCACAAACCUUUAUUUGCAAACAGUUCAAGUAUUGUUUGUCAAAUUUAAAAAUUACUGCCCGUAUUGACUGUAAAAGGUGUAUACCUGCCUAAAAUACCAGAGACUUGAGAGUUUUUGAGGUGUUCUGUAAAUUAUCUAAAAGUUUAAUGUAGGCACUCAUUGUUAUAGAAGAUUUCACCAUGUAUUUAUAUUAUAAGUUUGUCCUUUGCCAAUUCAUUUUUUCAAUAAAUUGUUCUAGAGAAUUUAUUCUUUUUGACAGACUACAUUGGGAAUUCUCAUUUUUAUACCCAUUAGAAUGUAACAGCAUUACAUUUUGCUUACUAUCAUGUA